AUGAAUAUGGAGGUACCACGAAAAUCAGUGGAAUUCAAUAAAAAUGAUAUUUAUGAAUUGAACAUUUUCUCAGAUGCAUCCGAAAAAUUAUUUGCAGCUUGUGUUUAUUUAGUCAUCACAAAUUCCAAAGGAAAAAAGACAGUACAAUUUUUGAUGGCAAAACAAAGAUUGUCCGGAACAAAGAAAACAGUUUCAAUGCCUAAAUUGGAACUAGCAGCUCUAGAAAUGGGAGCAAAAUUAGCGGAAUUGUGCAUCGAAGAACUAGAUAUAAAAAUCAAAGAAUGUAUUUUCCAUUCAGAUUCAAAAAUUGCUCUGCAUUGGCUCAAAAAACCAGAAUUAAAACAAGUUUUUGUAGAAAACAGAGUUGAAUCAAUUAGAAAGACAUCUGUCAAACUAAAUGAAUUGAAAAUCAAAAAUUCUUUCCGAUACGUCAAUACUCAUGAAAAUCCAGCUGAUCACAGCACCAGAGGAAUUCAAGAUAUUGAAAUGUUAGAAAAGAGUAAUUGGUUGACAGGGCCAGAAUGGUUGAAAUCAGACAAAAGUAAAUGGAAUGAUGAACUUAUCAUUGAAUCAAAUGAACUAUUCCAAAAAGUUAAAGUUGUAAAAGUUAACAAAAUCGAAGUCAAAGUCGAAAAGAUUGGACUUCAUUCACAAAUAAUUGGGAAAAAAUGA